AUGGCAGUGCAGCAGCGCGGGCACUUGAAGGAGCAGCAGCGAGAACUGCAGCGGUGGCUUGACGGCUGCGACAAGGAGCUGCAGCAGCUACUGCAGGCCCGUGCGCAGCAGCAGGAUCACGCCCAGCAGCAGAGUAUGCAGCAGCAGCAACAGCGCGCGACUGCAGCGGCAGCAGAGGCAAUGCGCAGUUCCAUUAGAGAGUACCGGGCUGCUGCUGAUGGGGCUUCAGCAGCAGCAGCAGCAGCAGCAGCAGCAACGGCGAACCCGCGGGGGGCCCUGCCGCGUGCAGGCGAGGGAGCCCUUGAAGACACACUGCACAAGUUGCAGGGACUAAAGCAGCAGCUGGCCUCGUGGGCUGUUCGGGACGGCGGCCGUGCUGCAGCGGAUACGGGAGCAGCAGCAGCUGCAGCUGGGCCAUACCCUGUUAGACAGGCUUCAUGCAAGUUAGAGGAAGUCCAGGAGCAAGCUGUAGCUGCAGCUGCAGUUAAGCAGCAGCAGAGCAGCAGCAGCAGCAGCAUAGGGGCCGCUUUUCCUUCUACAGGGGCUGCGCCCAGAGCAGCAGCAGCAGCACCGGUUGCUUCUGCUGCUGUGCAUCCGUGGCUGGGCGGCAGCUUAAUGGCGUCUCGAGACUCGGCGGACCCAAAGCUGCAUGCAGUGCUGCUGCAGCACCAGCAGCAGCAAGGCGCAGCGAGCUGCGGCAGCGGCAGCUGCCGCCUCAGUGACAGCAGCACUUGCGCAGAUGACCCCUGCAGCAACAAUGGCAGGCGGCGCAGCAUAGAUAGUUUUUCCAGCGAGAGCAGCAGCAGCACUCCCGAAAGCGCGAGCAUGUGCGGCGUGAGUUGCAGCUCCAUGCCGCAGCAGCAGCAGCUGCUGCUCCAGCAGCAGCAGCAGCAGCUCCAGCUGCAGCAGCAGCAACUGGCCCGACCCUUCAAUAUGCUUACAGCAGCAGACCUGAGUAAAGGAGCGCCACCUGCUGCUGGCUUUUCUUGUCUCCCGAAUGGCAGGAGCUCGGAUGCCCGUAUUCGUUUUCAGGCAGGGCGGCAGCAGCAGCAGCAGCAGCCAGGAAAGUUGCAGCAGCAGCAACCGCAGCAGCAAGAGUCGCAGGACGGCGAGCAGCGGCAGCUGCAGCAGAGUCGGGGGUCAGGAAGCAGUGGCAGCAGCACAGGGGGGCUCUACGAUCGCUUUGCUGCAGCAAACUUGCACAAGACGGCAGCCACAGCUGCCCCGAAAUUAGCUGCAUGCAGCGCCGAUGUUCAGCAGCAGCAGCAGCAGCAGCAGCAGCAACAGCAGCAGGAAGCCCCGCACCAGCCGUUGGUCUCUCGUUGCAGUACUGCCACAUCUUCGCCCUGCAACGCGUCUAGGAGGGCAGCGGCAGCAGCAGCUGCUGCUGCUGCUGCAACUAUAGACAGCGGCCCCGAAGCAGAGGGGCGGCAUCUCGGGCACGUGCCGCUGGGCCUGAGCAGCGGCAGCAGCAGCGGCAGCAGCAGCACGGGGAGUGAUGCCACAGUUCAUCACGAGAGGGGGUUUGAGAGGGAUAGACAGGCCUAUGGCGGCCGGUUUGUUGCAGCUACGUUCAUGCAGCAGCAGCAACUGCAACAGCCGCAGCAGUCGCCGGCUUAUUGUGGAGCAGAGGGGGCAGCGUCACCCAACUCUGCAGCAGCAGCAGCAGCAGCAGCGGCAGCAUUGGCAGCAACGCCCAGAGCAGCAGCAACACUGGAUGCAAGCGGCAGGACCCGCCGCAUGUUCUCGUCGGGCAGCAGCCACGAUGGCAGCAAAAACAGCAGCAACAGCAGCAACAGCAGCAACUGGGUCCCGCCUGGCUGCCCUCCUAUUGGCCCAUCAACAGGCAGCGGCGACAGCAGCAGGAGCAGCAGUAGCAGCUUUCAAGGCUCAAGCAGGACUCACAGCUUGAGCCAGACGGCGGGCAAUAGCAGCAGCAGCAGCAGCAACGCGUCUGCGCCCUUAUUCCGCUUCAGCGGAGAGGCUUUUUCCGCUGGACCAAGAGCAGCGGCAGCAGCAGAGGAAGCAAGAAGUGACUACUUUGUUUCUCCUGUUGCAGGUGCAGCAACGGGGAGUGUAGCAGCAGCAACAGCAGCAGCAGCAGCAGCACCAGGGCUCCGGGCUUCCUCCCGCAUGCCAGGGUCCUUCAACCCGAGAGAAACGCCUGCGUCCAACUGGCCGCCUUUCCCUGCUGCUCAGCCCCAGCAGCACUUGCAGCAGCAGCAGUUGCAACACCCUUAUUUCCACCACGCGCAGCAUCAGCAGCAGCAGCAGCAGCAGCACCAGCAGCAGCCGAGCUGUGAAGCGCUAGCUCCUUCGGGGCCAGCCGGGCCCACGAGCUCAGUCCCAGAGUACCUUCGUGGCCAGCAGCUGCGUGAGGCUUUCCUGCCCGGAGCAGCAGCAGCAGCAGCAGCAACACAGACGGCGGCAGCAGCUGGCGCAACGCCGCCCUCAGGAACAAGGACCUCACCUGCAGCGGGAGCAGCAGCCGCAGCAGCACGAGCUGCAGCAAGAGGACCUGCUGCAUGCAGCCCCAAGGGAAAUGAAGACAGCGGAGAUAGCCUCACAGGCGGAGGCGCCUUGGGCCUGCCGGACAUUGCUUCGUGUAUAUUGGGGGGAAGCCAUCAACAGCUGGCAGCCUUGUCGCUGCAGCAGCAGCAGCAGCAGCGCCAGGAGCAGCAGCAGAACUACUUGCACUUCGUGCAGCAGCAGCAGCAUGAAGGAGAGCGGCCUUGGGUCAUGCAGCAAAGGACCAGCAGCAGCGGCACUGCCGAUAACAGCCGCAGCAGCAGCAGCAGCGCGAAUCUCUCUCAGACGCUGCGCAGCUCGUGCGCCCCAUGGUAUCCUCCGGCUCGGCCAAUGGCGCCGGUAGGAAGUGAGGCAGCAGCAGCAGCAGCUGCUGCUGCUUCUGGCAUGAUGGGCGGCCUUGUCGGUGCUUCAGCUUUAUCUGCUGCAGCAGAAUCAUCAGGGCUGCAGCAACAGCACCAUAGAGAGUACUUUCCGGGUGCCUCUCAAUAUGAAGCGGGACUGCAGCAGCCCGAGGCAGCAGCAGCAGCAGCAGCAUGUGUUGCGCGCACCAUUGGCCUGCUCUGCGGGGAUGGGUGCUACUGCUGGCAAUACAAUUCUCAGUUACAGGAGUCCCAGCAACAGCUGCAGCAGCUGCAUCAGCAGCAACAGCAGAAGCAGCCGGCGUGCGCUGUCCUGCAGGUGACACCUUCUGAAGUUCAGGUCUGCCAGCUGCAGUGGUGCUGGGGUGGCGAGCUGCUGCUGGACGAUCAGCAACAGCAGCAGCUGCAGCAGAAGCAGCAGGACCAGGAGUACGCACACGCAGACGUGCGGCAGCGGCAGUCACCGGGAAGCUCGUAUAGCUUCACUGCUGCAGCGGGCCAGGCGCCGCCGCAGCAGCAGCAGCAGCUGCUACAGGACAUGGUGUGCUACGGGGGAACCUCAAUAUGCCCCCCCCCGUGCCGCAUGGAUGAGGCGCGGGGCAGCUUUAGCAGCAGCAGCAGCAGCAGCGGCGAACCAGCAGCAGCAGCAGCUGCCGCGUCCUCGGUGCUGUUACGGUGCCACAGAGGAGAGAGAGUAGAGGUGUAUGUACACCACAAGAGCGGAUGGCUGUACGGCGGCAUCCAAGGAGAACCCCACAGGAAGGGCUGGUUCCCGUUUUACCUGCUGCACGACCCCUUGCGCUGGGCAUGUUCGCCGGCGGGGUCCAUGAGCAGCAACAGCAGCAAUGACAGCAACCGCGCCAGCAGCAGCGCUAGCAGUACCAGCAGCAGCAGCAGCAGCAUUAGAGCUGCAGCUGCAGCGGCGUCGGGUAUCCAAACCCCAGCACUUUCGCCGCAGCCCCUGCCUAAGCGGCGUUUGCUGAUGAACUUAAUGAGGUUUGCGCAGGCGCCUUCCCAGCAGACAGACACGGCGCAGAAGCAUCAAUGA